AUGGUGAACUCGCUGCUCUUCGGGGAGAUGGCCUUGGCCUUCGGCUGCCCGCCGGGUGGCGGAGGCGCUGGUGGCGGCGGCGGCGGCUGCCCCGGCGCGGGCGGCGGCGGCGGCGGAGCCGGGCCCGGGCCGUCUCCGGUGACGGCGGCGCUGCGGGACGACCUGGGCUCCAACAUCCACCUCCUGAAGGGUCUCAACGUGCGCUUCCGCUGCUUCCUGGCCAAGGUGCACGAGCUGGAGCGGCGAAACCGGCUGUUGGAGAAGCAGCUGGAGCAGCAGCAGAGCGAGCGCGAGCGGCGGCUGCGCUACAAGACUUUCUCCCGGGAGCAGGCCGUGCAGACCGGGCCCGAGCUGCUGCGGCCGCCGGCGCCGGGGAUCGGCGGCGCGGCGCCCGGCGCCAACGCCAACACCGCGGCCCUGGUGCUCGCCGGCGGCGGCUCGCAUCCGCAGCACUACGGCCGCCUGCCCGGGACCAUCUGGAGCUACACGCAGGUACGGCGCACGGGCGGCGGCGGCGUGGAGACGGUGCAGGGCCCCGGCGUGUCGUGGGUGCACCCUGACGGCGUAGGCGUGCAGAUCGAUACCAUCACGCCCGAGAUCCGCGCGCUCUACAACGUGCUGGCCAAGGUGAAACGCGAGCGCGACGAGUACAAGCGGAGGUGGGAAGAAGAGCUGGCCAAGCGCAUGAACCUGCAGACCAUGGUGGACACCUUGCAGGAGGCAGCGCAAGAGGCCGACGCCAUCCAGGAGGAGAUGAACGAGAAGAUAGAGCGGCUCAAGGCCGAGCUGGUGGUGUUUAAGGGGCUCAUGAGUGACCCCAUGACAGACCUGGACACAAAGAUCCAAGAAAAGGCCAUGAAGGUGGACAUGGACAUCUGCCGCCGGAUCGAUAUCACGGCCAAGCUGUGCGAUGUUGCACAGCAGCGGAACUCGGAAGACGUGUCCAAGAUCUUCCAGGUGGUCCCCAAAAAGAAAGAGCGAAAGGUGGCUUCGGACGAGGACAUCUCGGAGCAGGAUGGGGAGGUGAACCGAUUCUCCGACGAUGAGGUCGGCUCCAUGAACAUUACGGAUGAGAUGAAGCGCAUGUUUAACCAGCUGCGGGAGACCUUUGAUUUUGAUGAUGACUGCGACAGCCUGACGUGGGAGGAGAAUGAAGACACACUGCUGCUGUGGGAGGACUUCACCAACUGCAAUCCCUCCAUCGACCUGCAGGGGGAGCAAGAGGAAAACUUGGGCAACCUGAUUCACGAGACGGAAUCCUUCUUCAAAACGAGAGAUAAGGAGUACCAAGAAACUAUAGGCCAGAUCGAGCUGGAGCUGGCCACGGCCAAGAGUGACAUGAACCGGCACCUGCACGAAUACAUGGAGAUGUGCAGCAUGAAGCGGGGCCUGGACGUGCAGAUGGAGACCUGCCGCCGGCUCAUCAAGGGCUCUGCAGACAGGAAUUCCCCGUCCCCCAGCUCGGUAGCCAGCAGUGACUCAGGAAGUACCGACGAGAUCCAGGAGGACUUGGACCGGGAGGCGGACGUGGAGCCCAUGGUCAGCUGAUGACCGAGGACCUGAGGGCCUGGGGGUCCUGGUGAUUGGGCCCUACCCCCUCCCUCCUUGGAGUGGGGACAAUGCCCUCACCAUGCAUACUUCCCGUGCCCUCCCUUCUCGGAGGCCCCGAGGGACCGCUGCUUCCUUCCACACCACCCCACCACCACCACCACCACCACUAUUGGAGCCCUGCUCCAUCCACCCACCCAAGGAAUGGUGCUGUCAAUUUCUAUCGUUCUCCACGCGAUGAACGCAGACUUCUGUCCAGAUGCAGUGUUAACUGUGCCUUCUCCCUUAAGCUGAGCCACUUUGAGCUCCAAAGAAUUAUUCCUAGCAGGGGUUUUUAUACAAAGCUUGCAGGGGAGAGGGGGCCCGGCCACGGUGUCACGGGCUCAGCUGUUCCCUCCCCCUCCCACCUGCUCCUCCCAUCAGCCUGAGCUGUGUCCUGCCUGCUGUAUAACCAUCUCCCCACAACCCACCCCGUCCACCUCCAACCUUCCAGGCCCUGGUGGGGAGCUCUAGAUUUGCUCACUCUUGGACAGCAAGAAAUGUGGCAGGAAGGGAGGGAAGACGAAUUCUUAACGUUCAGUGGCGAAGCUGAGAGACAAGGCGCAGUGUGGGAGGUGGGGCCUCACUGUGUUCAAACUACUAUGCAAAAACACAAAAACACAACGAGCAGCUUGCCUUAUCUCACUGUGGAAGGCUGGCCCACUCCUGGCAUCCCUGGGGUCCCUGCAGAACCCAGAAGGUGACCAGGCGAGUUCUGGCCGGGGAGGGGGCUAGGGUCAAGGUUGGAAGAGAGGGCUGGGUCCCUGCAAGACCCAGGCCCGCUCA